UUGUCAUUGCUAGAUUGGUCACUUACUUUUUAUGUGAGAUUUGUUUAAAGACUAUAAUAAAUAGUAAAUUUUUAUGGAAAUGACAUCGUAUGUGCGUGCAAUGUACGAUUUCUCCGGUGAGCCGGGCUCAUCGGAGAUUUCAAUAAGCGUUGGUGAAAUCCUAGCUGUCACUCGAACGGAUGUUGGAGAAGGUUGGUGGGAGGGAAAGAAUAGUCAAGGAAAAGUUGGUCUUUUUCCAGCAGCCUAUGUGGAAGUGAUGUCAGCCGCUGAGGCACAAAAACUGAACCAAACUAGCUCUGUAAGUAACACCACACCUGCAGCCGUAAUGCCUGCAACGACCACCACGAAUUCCACAGCAGCUGCUACAGCUGAUGCCGCAAAUAGGUAUGACCAAACCGCUGAUGAUAUUGACGAUUGGGAGGACGACUGGGAUGAUGAUAAUGAUACAUACUCAGAAAUAGGGCCCAGUGGUGGGGCAAAGUCCAGUAAUCAAGCUGCACACACUAACGCACUUACACAUUCCGCUAGCAACUAUGAUAAUAAAAAUCUACCUGCUGCUCCGAUGGAUGACUCUAUAUCAAUAGCGUCAGCAGCCGCCCCCAACAACACAGCCACUUUGAAAAAAUCUGGUAUGUUUGGUAAAAGUUCCGAUUCAUAUAUACUAGGCUUGGGCAACAAGGAAAAACUCUCUGAUCAUGAAAUUGUGCAUAUCACAUGUGUGGAUAAUUUCUAUUAUUGGCAAACCAAUCAUCAAACGUAUGCUGUAGUCGUGGCUAGCCCAAAAAAGGAAUCAAAAUUUAAGGGGAUGAAAACGUUCAUUGCAUACCAAUUAACGCCAAGCUUUAAUAACAUAUCUGUAUCAAGACGUUACAAACAUUUUGAUUGGCUACACGAACGUUUAGUGGAAAAGUUUUGUCUCAUUCCCAUUCCACCGCUGCCAGACAAGCAAAUCUCAGGCCGAUAUGAAGAACAAUUCGUGGAACAUCGACGUGUGCAAUUGCAAGAGUUUGUCGACUGGGUGUGUCGUCAUCCUGUGCUUUCACAAUGCGAAGUGUGGCAUCAUUUUCUGACCUGCAACGAUGAUAAGAUGUGGAAAUCGGGCAAAAGGAAAGCCGAACGUGACACAUAUGUCGGUGUCACCUAUUGUUGGGCUAUAUCGCCACCCGAGAAGACACUGUUGCCAUCGCUUGUUGAUGCACAAAUGGAGAGUUGUUCGCAGUUUGUACAUGCGAUGGAUAUUUCAGUACGUAAUCUUUUGGCAUUGUCUAAUGACACUGCGAAACGUUAUCAAACACAAUGUAAAAAGGAAUUCCAACGUAUCGGCGAUGGUAUGUCAGAUCUGGCAAAGGCAUUGAAUAUUGACGAACGACGCGCACCAUCAACAACAACUGCACUAUCGGAGAGUGUUGGACGUGUUGGCGGCAUUUUCAUAGGCGUGGGACAAUUGUUUGGCGAUCAGCCAAAAUUGGACUGGAUACCAUUUUCGGAUCGUUUGCAUAUAUACAGAGGUGUCCUGAAUAGUUUCCCGGACAUUCUUUCUACACAUAAAGGGGCAAUGCAAAAACGCAAAGAAUGCGAACGUUUGACUGCUGAACAAAAGAUGAGUAAUGCUCAGAUGACCGAUGUAAAUCGUCGUACCGAUGUUAUUUCCUAUGCUGUAAUGGCUGAAAUGUCGCAUUUUAAACAAGAGCGUGAUACACAUUUGAAACAGGCGCUAAAAUCAUUUAUUGAGGAACAAAUUAAAUUUUAUUCAAAUGUAGUUAAUAGACUUCAAGAAGCUUAUCGUCAAUUUGACUAACUUUGCUAAUUGCUCUAAUAGCUGAUCCCUGAGCUUUGAACGCUGCUGCUCGUCGCUGCUUUGUACUGCACAUUAGUGAGUGUUUGUGUGAGAUCACGAAAAACAAAAAAAAAAAACAAAAAACAAUAGCAAACCCAACAG